UGGGCGGGCGCUAAAGGGAGUGGCCACGCGACCCCCCCUCCUCCCCAUAAGCAGAGUGCAUGCUGGGAGACUGAGGCACGCCAUGGCUGGGCCAUGAUUCAGGCAGUGGUCUGCACCCGCAAGAGCUUGCCAGUCAUUGGCAGAGCCUGCUGGCAACCCACUUCACAUUCCACUGGGGGAGCAUCCGCUCACCAAAUGGCCCUCAAGGAACAUGGGCUGCAUUUGUUCCGCAGCGCCGUUGGCACGGUCCUGCCAGGACCCAUGCUGAAGAAGGCCCUGGUGCUAGAGACCAAAGGACACCCUCGGCUUGUGGUGCGCGGCCAGCCUUUUGAACUGAAGAAGAACUUGUAUCUGGUUGGCUUUGGAAAGGCUGUGCUGGGCAUGGCAGCAGCGGCAGAGGAGAUCCUUGGAGACCACCUUGUUCGGGGAGUAAUUAGUGUUCCUCAAGGCAUCCAAGAAACUCUGCGGCACCGAGGAAUGAGAGAGAUGUUGCUGAAGCCCCAGAGCUGCAUUCAAGUCAUGGAAGGAGCAGAGAACAACAUUCCUGACAGAGCAGCUCUGGAGGCGGCUAGCGCCAUCAAGCAUUUAGCUGAAGGCCUGACAGCAGAAGAUCUUCUCCUAGUGCUGAUCUCAGGUGGGGGUUCAGCCCUCUUACCUGCUCCCAUCCCUCCCGUCACCCUGGAAGAGAAGGGAAUGGUCACCAAGCACCUUGCCUCGAAAGGAGCUACCAUUCAAGAGCUCAACACCAUUCGAAAGGCUCUCUCCUUGCUAAAAGGUGGAGGGCUGGCACAGUCUGCCUAUCCUGCACAGGUGCUGAGCCUCAUCCUCUCUGAUGUCAUUGGGGACCCUUUGGACAUCAUCGCAAGUGGCCCCACGGUCCCCAGCUCUCACAGCAUCCAGGACUGUUUUCAGAUCCUAGCCAAAUACGAUCUGCUGAAUGACAUGCCCGAGUCUGUGCGGACAGUGCUUUCUGGCUCACCUGUCGGGCAGGUCACCCUGAAAGACUUUUCCCAUGUCCGUAAUGUUGUCAUUGGUUCAAACAGAUUAGCUUUAGAGGAAGCCAAACACCAGGCAGAGAAUAUGGGUUACUUCUGUGUGCUCCUGAGUGAUGCAGUGUGUGGGGAAGUCGGCACAGUUGCCAGACUUUACAGCCUGUUGAUUCAGCUGGCUUGCUUGAGCACUGCGAGAACUGCUGAGAAUGACCCUUUAAAGGGCAAGGUGGAAGGAAUGCUCUCAAGCCUUGUGGCAAAGCUGGCGAUCCCUGGCUUCCACUUUAGAGGCCCUUUGUGCGACUCCCAAGUGGGGAAACCCAUUUGUCUUUUGGCGGGUGGGGAAACCACUGUGCAGCUUCAAGGACAUGGGAAGGGUGGGAGGAACCAGGAACUGGCUUUGCGAGUGGCCUUGGAGCUGCACAGAGCUAAAUCCACUGCCGAGGGCCAAUUCCUUGAGAAAUAUGAAGUUGUUUUCCUGAGUGGUGGAACCGAUGGGCAGGACGGGCCAACGGAGGCUGCUGGGGCCUGCUGCAGCCAAGACCUGGUGGACGAGGCUGAACAAGAAGGUUUCAGUGUGGAAGAUUUUUUGAACAACAAUGACUCGUACACGUUCUUCACUAUGUUCCAAAGUGGGCGACACCUUUUGAUGACAGGCUUGACCGGCACAAAUGUUAUGGACAUUCACGCCAUUUUAAUCAGAGCCAGGGGAAGAGAGUGAUGCACCACAUAUUCUUUUACUAUGAAAGAAGAGCCUCAAAUUGUAGGCAGCUCCAGGCUGCAUAAACUGGCAAGUGCCCCCAUCCACACGGCUAACAUCAAGGGCAUCAUAGAAGGUUAAAAUUAGACCCAUGAUGGAUACUGCAUUCUAUUUAAUUAGGCCAGCUAUAACCAUAGUACCAGCCUCUGGAAAGUCUCAAGGUGGCAUUAGCACCUUACUGCUUUAAAAAAUGGCAUAUUUCAUUUGGGAUAAUAAAAAAUGUGUGCUUUUACUUACCUUUUUAAUGAUUUCCAUGCCAAUAACACAGAGAAAAUAAAUUUAAAAACCUGUAAACAUAGUUUGGUGCUAAUAAUAUAACAAAGGCAACAAGGAGAGCACCAGAAUAUCCAUGAAAGUAAUAAAGGUUCUAUAAAGUCCUCUGAA